AUUGAACAGCAAUCGCAGUACGAGCAGCUGAGAACUGCAGCUCACCAUGACCACAAUUCUACCGCGAGGAGCUGGUUUCGUCUGUCAAGCCUGUCAAAAACUCUGCGCAUCACAACCUCCCCGACGCCAGUUCGCUUCACUAGCAAAGACUUCCUCGAAGAAGCAGCCUACUCCGCAGACAGCUCGCAGGUUUAUUUCCCAGCCCUCCAUACGCAGAGACGCCCCUGCACUGUCGGCUGUUGCAAACGUAUCUUCAACCAAGAAGAGUUCCUACGACAUCCCUCCCGAAAUCGCACUGAAACCACUCAAUCCUACCACCGAACUCAAAGCUCUCAAACAAGCGGUCACACGUUUGACGUCUCUCGACACCGCCGCUGACUCCAGUGAAGUGCUCAGCCUCCUCCUCGAUUGCUACAAACUAGCCAACUGCCUUGUCUUCGGAGUCAGCAAGGGUGCAAAUGAAGUCACAACCAAACCCGGUGAGGACCUCUCGCAAGCUAUACUGCGCGAUCUGGCCGAAGACAAUUCAAAACAAGAUUCAGUAUUCGUACCGGAUAAAGAACUAUCAGCGCCGUUUCGCGACAACGCAGCCAGGACAAUUGCCGAGCUGAUAUACACCCUCCUUCGAGAUCCGAAAGUCUAUGUCUCGGACGAAGCGCUAUCGUUGUACGUUCGAAUACAGUGUUUGCUAGGCAAGCCCGAAUACUUGCCCGAGAUCUUUCAUCUCCACGCACACAAGAAAAUACCGAACGGCAAGACGAAGCCGAUCACCUACUCGGAGCCGUGGUCGAAACUGCCCAAGUACGCUAUCCCACCAACCCUAGCGGACGCGGCGCUCGAAGCUGCCAUUAUCAAGAAGAACCUACCGCUGGCGAUAGCAAUUAUAGAUACGACGGUGGCGUCACCAGCGAAUCGCGUCGCCAGGAUAAUGGGAAGGGCGACUGUCCCGGCGUUGUUUGUGGGCGCUACACCAUUGCUCGCCUACGCCGGUGCGAACUGGGUGGCGCAUUGGCAGAAUACCAUGGACGUGGAGAUGAGCAAGUACACGGCAAUCGCGGGGGCAUUGGCGUAUAUCGGGACCUUAACGACCAUCGGGUUCGUUGCGAUCACGACUUCGAAUGAUCAGAUGGAGCGCGUGGUGUGGCGGCCCGGGACGAAACUGAGUGAUCGAUGGCUCAGAGAGCCGGAGCGGGCGAUGUUCGACCGGCUGGCGCUGGCCUGGGGAUUUCAAGAGAAAUAUAGAUGGGGCGAGGAGCAAGGGCAUGAUUGGCUCCAGCUCAAGGAUGAGUGUGGGAUGAGGGAUAUGAUACUUGACAAGACGGAUUUGAUGGAAGGAAUGCAGUAGACCUCCGAUGUCGAGUACCAAGGUUGCCGCUUAGUGUAAAAAAAAGAGACUAGAUAUGAUUUCAUGACUUCUCUUCGUUAGCUGGAUGAUACCAGCGACUA